CACUAGAAAAACAACUUUACUGUUGUGCAUUGUAAUCAGAAUGUACAGUAGAUAUUACAUUCUUUUUCUAGAUCCAAGGUCAUGGAGAUAUGUUGGAAGUUGUAUUUUCAAAAUUUGCUGUUAACUCUUUUUGUUCGGUUUCAACAUUUACUUUUAGAGAACAUAUUGUGUUCCCUUAAUUUAGAUUUUUUUUCAUUAUUUGGUUUUAAAAAGGUCCUCAAAAUUCACCUCAAUUCGCAGAAACUGUGUCUUAAGAUGUUUAAGAUCCCCUUCUAAUGGGUUAGUUCACUGAUCAUGCGUCAAAAACUGCCUUAAUUAAAAACGCACUAGAUUUUCUCCCUCUGAAAGGGUGUUUUUACAUUCUCUACAGGAUUUGUGAGAAGGUACCUGAGGGACGCCAUAGAAAACGGGGGCAGAGAGAACGGGCUCUUCAUUUAUUUUCAUCACCAAUCAGCUCUUAAAUAAUGCAUUGAUCUCUGGGCUUGCUGUUAAUUCCCCUGUUAUCAAGAUGUGCAAAGUGGACGUGGCAGCGCUUGAUGGAUGAGAGGAGGCAGAGCCAAACACACAUACACAGACACAGAGACUAGGACCACAGCGACCGGUCUGUCUCCUUAAGAUGCUGAAAUAACGGCGAGAAACGAACAUCUUUCGAUUGUUGAUCGAGACCAGCUCACUUAGUAGCCAAAAUGUCUGGAAAAAUAGACAGUAAGCAAGAAUCCCAGCGCUCCCACUUGACGUCCUUUACGAUGAAACUAAAGGACAAAUUCCACUCUCCCAAAAUCAAGCGAACACCAUCAAACAAAAAGUCCAAACCUCCACCAGAACAACCCAUGAAGUCCCCAGAGAAGACAGUGACCAAGAGUCUGAGUCAAUUGGAGGAGCAUGAGAAAGAAGUGGUCAGCGCCUUGCGGUAUUUCAAGACCAUUAUUGACAAGAUGGCGGUGGACAAGAAAGUUUUGGAAAUGCUUCCUGGUUCUGCUAGCAAAGUUUUGGAGGCCAUCAUGGGCUUGGUACAACUUGAUGGCAAGAUACUGAGCAGUUCGAGAGUGUCCUCCUGUCUCAGUCGACUCUAUCAAAGUCUUGCAAACCUCAUUCGCUGGUCGGACCAAGUGAUGUUGGGGGUGAAUUUGGAAGAUAAAGAAACAAUUGCAACCGUCACCACUGUGAUCAAAGCAGUGCUGGAUGGUGUGAAGGAGCUGGUCAAAGUUGCCAUUGAGAAGAAGGAGCACCCCUCCCCUACAACGCCUGUCAAAAACCUGCUUCCUGCCUCCAUUCCACAAUGUGUUCCAGAGCCCCCUGUCAUUGAGUCGAAGGAACCUGUCUUGAUUGAGACCCCUACCCCAGCCGAGGCCAAAGAGACCCCAAAUGAUGUUCCCGAUGAGGAAGUGGCCCCUCCUAAACCCCCUCUAGCUGGACUUAAAGUGCCUGAACAUUGUCCACCGGCUCUCCCACCAAAGAAGCGUCAGUCGGCACCGUCUCCCACAAGGAUUGCCGUGGUUGCGCCAAUGAGUCGUGCCACAAGUGGAUCAAGUCUUCCUAUUGUUAUCUGUCGACAGGAGUAUGAGGCAGAGGCCUUAAAGAGGCGUUUUUCAGGAGGCAGUCACUCCUGUGGAGGGGAAUCGCCACGACUGUCCCCAUGUGGCAGCAUCAGCAUUUUGAGCAAAUCAGAUGAACAGCUGUCGUCUUUGGAGCAGGACAGCGGACGGUGCUCUCGUAACACCAGCUGUGAGACCCUAGACACAACAGAGACCUACGACCCCGAUUAUGACUUCCUGCAUCAGGACCUGUCUAGUAUCGACCAGAUCCUUCCUGCAAACACAGGGGGUUGUCUGAGCCCACUCCCAGAGUCUCACAACGAAUCAUCCUCCUUCCCUGUUCAGCCUCAAUCGAUACCUCCCGCUCUCCCAAAGAAGGAGCGGCGACCCCCUCCACCUCAAGUGGACCGACUGUACUCUCAAUAUGACAAUGUUUCUGAUGAGGACAUGCAGACCCCGUCGUUCCCCCUCUUCGCUUCGAUGCCACCCUCGAACCCUGGAGUAUUUAUGGGAAACUUUGGCCCUGCUGAGAACGCACAGAUGCCUCAGAGCCCUCCACCCUUGCCAGAGAAGAAGAGUCGCAAUGUACUGAAGUACAUGCAGUUUAUGGAGGACUAUUCUGAGCCACUGCCUUCCGUUUUCUACCAGACGCCUCAGAGUGAAAGCAUUUACGAGCAGCGCAAUCGGAAGCGUUUUCAGGAAGUGUACGGUCUCAGCGACUCCUUCAGCAGCAGCGACGAGACCGUCCCUCCGCCAGCACUGCCACCCAAACAGAGACAACUGGCUUCCUCACACUCUGCUUCUCCUUCCUCCUCCUCUUCCUCCUCUCUGUCAUGUCAACUGCAGCUGUGUGCGUCCGGGCCUGGUCCUGGUGAGACAGAAAGCGCUUUCAGCCUUUCAGCAUCUAGCUCCUCUCUGAGCCGCCAGGGCUCCCUCCCUGUCCCUACGAGCGAAAGUGCUAAUGAUGAAGGUGGGGAGGGUGAAUACGUCAAUCUGUAUUCAUCCAACCAAGCCAAUGGAGAUGUGACUCUCUCCAAUGGAGACUCUUCUUGUGAUGCUGAGGACUCACUCCAGGACUCAGCUUCAGAACACAGCAAAGAUCCGGCAGACAGAGAAGGCUGGAAGCAGAAGUGUGUGGAUUCAGAGUUGUCCUCAGAGGAGGUGAAUGAGCUCUACCUGAUGGACCACGACGAGAUCAUGUCUCACUUAACACUAAAGCAAGAGAACGAUGACGGCCCUGAUGUCAAAGCUGGAUCAGGCGAUAUUUUAUUGGUUCACGCCACCGAAACAGAUCGCAAAGAUCGAGUUUUAUACUGUGAAGCUUUUUUGACCACAUAUCGAACGUUUCUAACCCCAGAGGACCUCAUUAAAAAGCUCAGCUAUAGAUUUACCAGAUUUUCUCUCAGCUCUGACAUUAACAAACAACGAGCUAGUAAAAACACCUUCUUCGUGCUGGUGCGCGCCGUGGAUGAGCUUUGUUUGGUGGAGCUGACAGAAGACAUCCUGAAGCAGCUCAUGGAGCUUGUGUUCAGUCUGUUGUGUAACGGUGAGCUCACCCUGGCCCGGGUUCUGCGCAAGAACAUCCUAGAUAAAGUCCAGCAGAAGAAGUUGCUGCAGUACACUAACUCCCUCAAAACGCUGGCUGGACGAGGUGUGGCCGCCAGGCCUGGCACUCUGCAUGACUUCCGUAGUCAUGAGAUCGCAGACCAGCUGACUCUCCUCGAUGCAGAGCUGUUUUAUAAGAUCGAGAUUCCAGAGGUGUUACUUUGGGCAAAGGAACAGAAUGAGGAAAAGAGCCCCAAUCUGACCCAGUUCACAGAGCACUUCAACAACAUGUCAUACUGGGUUCGGUCCUUAAUAAUCCUACAAGAGAAAGCCCAGGAUCGAGAAAAACUACUUCUAAAGUUUAUCAAAAUUAUGAAGCACUUAAGAAAACUCAAUAACUUCAACUCCUACUUGGCAAUAUUAUCAGCAUUGGAUUCAGCGCCCAUCAGAAGACUGGAAUGGCAGAAGCAAACUUCAGAGGGUUUAGAGGAAUAUUGCACUUUAAUUGACAGUUCCUCCUCCUUCCGGGCGUACAGAGCAGCUUUGGCGGAUGUGGAGCCUCCAUGUAUACCAUAUCUAGGCCUCAUUCUUCAGGACUUAACUUUUGUGCAUCUUGGGAAUCCUGACCUCGUCAACGGAAAGAUAAACUUUUCCAAACGCUGGCAGCAGUUCAAUAUCCUGGACACUAUGAGGCGCUUCCAGCAAGUGCACUAUGACCUCAAACACAACGAUGACAUUGUCUCAUUCUUCAACGACUUCAGUGACCAUCUAGCCGAGGAGGCAUUGUGGGAGCUCUCUUUGAAGAUCAAACCUCGCAACAUCACUCGACGGAAAACAGAACGAGAGGAAAGGACAUAGCUACCAAACUACUUUUGAAAGCCAAUCUCUGACGUUGAAAGACACAGCAAUUACUGUAAUGGCAGCUAUGAGAUUGGAAACUAUACUGUAUUUCUGUUACAGUUUACUGAAACAUUUUUUUACGCAAAAAAAGGUGAUUUAGAUUUUAUUUUGUAAUUGCACUGCAUCUGAACCUGUGUGUAAAUUUGAAGUGGAACCGUGGCAAGUGCGAUGACAGAAAGCGUGACUCUGAUAUGUGAGAUUACAUGGUUUGAGAUCAUAACCUGGGAUUUAUGGUUAUAUUCCGGGACCAUCUCGCCAUCUGGAUUUGCGGUGCAAUCUGGAAAAACGACUGCGACUCCAACUGCAAACUGAUACCAUGAUGCCUCAGUGGCACUUUGGAUGUUGAAGUUCCUUGAAGACUGAUAUUUUUAUUUAUUUAUUUUGUAUGUAACUAAUGCACAUAAAGACUCUUUGAGUUUAGGGUGAUUUGCUGUAAGAUUAGCUGCUGGAUUGAACAGCUUAAAGCAUGCAUGAUAAUAGGUCAUUAUGAGGAUACACAGUCACUGUUAUUAAUAGCACUUUCAGGAUUUUGUUGUUUAUUCUGCAAGAUUAACACAGCAUCCGGCUUAAUUCAAAAGGUGCUUUUCUGGAUUUGAGUUUCAAAUUUUGUUACAAAAAUUCUUCAAACUAGAGUGCCAAUUUUAAUGUGCAUCAAGUUCAAUUAACUAUGGAAACAUGUUUUCCCCAUUAGUUAAAAAAAGACAGUUGCGACUUUUUCCCCCACAAUUUAGUCUGUCUUUGCAAGAGUUGCAAGAUAUAAACUCAGAAUUCUAAAAUAUUUUUUUUUUCUAGAAAUUCUAUGUUUAUGUCUCACAGUUGUAUUACUUAAAAUUUUUUAAUUACAUCUUAAUAUUUUUUUUUAUUAUUUAUUUAGUUCCAUGGAAUAUACAUUUUUAAAGGUAAUUGCAAUUCAUCUCGCAAAUUCUCACUUUUUUUCUCGCAACCUCAGUUUAUAUCUUGCAGUUAUGAAUAAAAAUGUUAUCUCUCACAAUUACAAGAAAAAAAAGAAGACUUAUGAGAUUAAGAAGUUGCAAUUAUCUUCAAAAAAAAAAUUAUUCAGUGGUGGAAACAGGCUUUCAUAAUUAUCUAUAUUUUCAUAUUUCUGUUUAUAUUGAAUUCAUACUUAUUUCUGAAAUUUGAGGCCUAUUUAAAAUCAGUUGUCUUCCAAUUACAGUUAAUUGCUAAUAAUCAGGGAAACUCAUCGUUUUGUUAAUCGUGCAUGUUAUUUAUUUGUGUAUUUAUGUGCAUAGAUUAACCAAAUCCUUUUCUUAGGUCAUCCGCAUCAUUUGCAAAGGAUGGUAUGUCUUCACCGGUGUGCUUUUUGUAAGAAGGUUUUUAGGAGUUGUUUUGCAACUCUUUGUCUGGUACAUUUCAAUACUUUGCACAACAGCAAGGCACAAAAUAAUAACAUUUCUGUAGAUCUCCCAGAGCCAUAGCAGUGAUCAAAGACCUUCUAUCAAGUGCUUGAAGCUUUUCAUGAAGUGGUGUCGGUGUGAUUAGUUUUAUAUAAUGCAGUUUACCUUUUGUUUUUUAAAAGGAUUUUACAUAGACAUUUGCAGAGAGAUUUACUCUGUUGUUGUGAGAUGUGAUCAAAUGUGCACUUUGAAGUUGCUUGGGGGAAACCGAUUCAAAACUGUUGGGUAACAGUUUGAAGUGGACAUACAUAUGAGCCUGAACCCCUGCAACAACGCUUACAAUGGGAACCUUUUCUUACCUGCAAAUUGGACUGAAGUUGGUUUCAAAAUUCCAAAGACCCCAGACCACAUAUCACCAGUUUGAACAUAAUGAUUCAGUUGCAUAUAACAUACAACUGACAUGUACCACUGUACACAUAACCCUGUGAAACUGGUAAAAUAAUAUACAAAUCA